AUGACACAAGCUUCUAGUACUGCUGUCCAUUGUUCUACUACGUUGCAUCGAUCUAAUAUUCAUAGUAUUGAGAUACAAGAACAAACCAAUCAUUCUCAAUUGAAUAAUCGACAAGUUGAAGCUAGGGGUGUGGACGAUAUUGAGCGAGAGGAAGAAGAGGAUGAGGAAGAAGAAGAUGACUCGGAUGAUGAAGAAGAAGAAGAAGAAGAAGAAGAGACUCAAAUUCCCAUUGAAGAUCAGCUGACAGAGGAAUUCUUAUCGACCGAUCAAGAUUCAAGCCUAAGUGUCCUUUCAAGACGCUCUUCACCCAUGUCACCACCACUUCCAAUGGCUGAAGCAUUAGCAGGCUCCCCGACAAGCGCAAACAUGUCACCAUUUGCAGAUAUUGAGUCCACGCCACAAUCGAAUGAGGAGGAAGAUUCAAGAUCGGAAACAUCAUCGGAAUUAAGUCUUGGCUCGGGUGGUUAUUCCAUGAGACGACGAGGAACAAGAAAACGACGUGUGAUAACGGCGUAUUCGGACCAUCGGGAUUUGUCGGAAAGACUCAAGAAAGCAGUUGUAUAUGACAGCGAAGAAUGCUUUGGGGAGUCCAUGAUUGGAGCAGAUGUAGUCUUGUGUGUUAGAAGUCGUGAAACUCGUCGACAAGAUGAUCAAGUGGGUAAUACUGGAAGCAAUGGAACCAAAACAGAAAAUGUUGGUCGGAGACUUUAUGCACAUCGAUUCAUCUUGGCUGCAAGUUCACCGCCAUUCCGUGCGAUGCUUACUGGAAAUAUGCGUGAAUCAUCGCGACGAGACGUGGAACUACAUGAUAUUGAACCAACUAUUGUGGAAAAGAUGCUGAUUUUUAUGUAUACGGGAGAUGUUGUGCUCGAUCUUGAAAGUGUGCUGGGGUUGCUCAUUGCUGCAGAAAUGUAUGAACUGAUAGCACUACGAGAAACGUGCAAAGGGUUUGUGCUCAAGUACGCACAUGAAGUAUUCUGCGACCCUCAGAUCGUUCAACUACCAGAAAAGAUAUUGCUAGAACUUAUACCCCAGGACGAAUUACAGAUUCGAGAACUGGCGCUAAUGGAAGCUCUUGUGAUGUGGGGCGAGUCUCGUGUCGCCAACUCCGACAAGCCGUUGGGAGUUUUAUUGGAAGGCAUGAUGGAGUUUGUGCGCUUUCCAACCAUGAGCGUCAGUGACUUAUACGGCAAAGUUCGUCCGUUGGUAAACGAUGGGGUAAUUCGUGAACAUCUUCUCACGGAAGCUCUCUUUAAUCAUCUUAAAUGGGGAUCACAAACUGGUGUUUCCGCAAAGCGUGCCAAGCCACGUGCACUCGCGGCCUCGCUGCGCAAGCGGAAGCGUGUGUCGUUCACCCAGCAUGUCACUUUUGAGACAGCAACGCAAGGCAUUGAAGCUGAAGAGUAG